AUGCACGUGAUUAAUAAUUUAGCAAAAGUGUUAGAAAGGAAUCACAAAUCUGAAAUUCGAAAUCAUAUGCAUACCGGUGGAAUAUAUACAUGCACCAUCCAUCAACAAAUGUGGAAAAUGAAUCUAUGUUGCGGAUUUAUCAUAACAAUUUAUCCACUUCUAAUUCUUUCGAACCAAUUCGAGUAUAUUUUGAAGAUAAAAGAAGGCAAACGACUAAAUGCUACCUUCAAGAUUGUUCCAUAUUGUGGGAUACGCAUGUGCAUAGACAAAUGUCUCCAAAACUCUGGAUGUCGGUCAGUGAACUAUAAUUCCAAGUCUUUGGCGUGCGAGCUGAAUUUUGUGGACGAUGGUGUUCACCCAUCUAUUUUACGAUCUGCGGAGGAAUUUGAUUAUCUCCAUAUUAACACCGAACACUACGCAGGAAAUUGCAGUGUUCAGAAUGUUGAAUGCGUAACUUUGCAUACGGGUGAGAGGAGAUGCAUAAGAUCCUCAUCUGAAAUAGUUGCCCCUGAGAACGUUGCUUUGGGCAAAACUGUUUACUCUUCUUCUGUCUACAAUGGAAAUUAUGUUAAUCAUAAUGUAACAUACAUUGUCGAUGGUAAUUUGGGGAGUGCAUUCGGAGUUUGCGGAGCAACACAUCUAGAAAUAAAACCUUGGAUCCUGAUUGAUCUUGGUCAAGCUUACCAAAUCAGAAAAUUGAAAGUCUUUUUCUAUAAUUGUAGGUACAAAGAGUUUCACUGUUGCCAUGUAAAUGCAUGUGCGUUCUAUGACGUCAGAAUUGGUUUGACCAAAAACACAAGCGAGAUGAUAUUCUGCAAUACAGGGAACCAAAAUCUAUCACAGGAAAUUGAAUGUCAGCAAUGUAUUGUAGGACGGUUUGUCCAUUUUCAGAUAAAUAAUAAUGCCGCCUGUCACAUUCAUUUCUGUGAAGUUGAGAUAUUUGCAGUUAGGCAUUUGUUGUAGACACAUCGCACAUUACUUUUGGAUCAUUAUUGUUCAUUGGGGAGGGGGUUAUCCCCGAAACUGUGUUUUCAUACGCCUUUCCUUUUUUUGGUCACGUCUAAUAAAAUUUUAGAUUGGGCUGUUGAUUUUUUUUUUUUACCUCUAUAAAUUUUUUCACAUUAUUAAAAUUGCAUUGUUCUUAGCAAAUGAUCUUAUAAUAAGUUUUUGGCUAUAGUAAAAAAAAGUUACAAAGCCCAAGUUAGUUGGUAAAGGGAAGCCAUACUCUGAAAAAAAGUAACGAGUUUUGCAAAGUUUUACUCCUUGUCAUACUGGGCACAUGCUGUAUUACUAGUACUUUCAUGUUGUAAAUUAAAUAUUAUAUUUACAGCUGCCAUCCGGUAAAUUCAAAAUUCAUAACAUAGCAGUAUCGUUAUAAACAUCAAUCGGGUUUGUGAAAGAACCAUCUGUUGUCUUUUUCUCUAUAUUUUUUUUUAUAUUUUAUACAUUUCAUUUCUAUGAUAGUAUUCAAUGUUCUCAAAUUCUUUUUCCCCUCAUAGAACACACACAUGUAUAUAUGAUCAUAUGUUUUGCACGUAUAGUGGUUAUUCAGUACGUAAAAAACUUCUCUCUUUUAUGUAUGAACUAAAUGGUUUAAUAAUCACUAAUAAGUACUUAUGAAAUUAAAUUUAAAAGGACCUAGACACGAUUUGAGCUCAAAAUUUUUUUUUCAUUUUUAAUAUCUAGAAAAGUUAAAAAGAAGUGUUUUAUGCCUUAUCAAAAUAUUAAAAGUUAAUUAUCGGGUUACAAGCAAAAUACAAAGUAAAAAAUUCUUCGUUUUUCUUAAACUUUCAAACAACGCCCGCGUUUUGUUGAUGUUUACAUGUGUGCUUAAUUGGUAAAUAUAAGUUACAUUCAAAUGUUGCUUUCUUUCGUUGAAUACAUUAUUCAUAAACGCAUUGGAUUAUUUUAUCUUGUUUACCAGGAGUCAUUUUGUCAAAGAAAUGGAUUCUUUAAUUAAUUAUCUUAUAUCUGUACUUUGCUUGUAACUUGACGUCUUACAUUCAAAUUUCGGUUAUUCAUUCAAAAUGCACAAGAAAACAAUUUAACUCGUAAAAAGUAAAAAAAAAAAUUAAAUAAGAACUCAAACCCUGUC